ACAGAGAGCGGAAGUGCGUGAUGUAAUCGAAGUCAGGUUUCAGACUUUUCCUUUGUCUUUUACAUAGUUUAUUACGGCCGGUAAUGUGUUUCUGUUCACAUUAACGACCGAAAGGGUGACUUUUUUUGAAGAAUGGCCAAAGAAAAACGACACAAGAGAAGAGAAUCACCGGAGCGCGAAUGUAAAGUGAAGGUAAAGCAGGAGAAGCUGAGUCCUGUUAGGCCACAGACAUCAGGCCGCUCCAAAUCCACAAGUCCACAGAGAAGAAGACACAGCAAGUCGCCUGCCAAGACAAGGGAGCGCUCACCGGGCAAGAAGGAUCCAUCUCCUGCCAGACGAGGCAGCAGAUCUCCCAGAAACAGGAGAAGUCGCAGUCCCCAUCAUCGUGCUGACGUCAGAUUAAAGCGGGAGCCAGAUGAGCCGCGGUCUAGUGGGGAAGAUCGCAGGAGACGAAACGACCAGCCAGAGCCGGGGCGCAGCAGGUGGGAAACAGACAGGCCGCGUGAGAGAGACCGUGGCGGAGACAGACACAGAGACCGAGGUGCACUUGCCUCCCAACAAGCCGAGCGACAGCAGCACAAUGAGCGGCGCAGGGAAAACCACCAGCGGCGUAAUGAAAACCAGGAGUUAAAUUUUGGACAGUCUGAAGGAGCGGGCGAUGAUGCAGAUGCACCCCCUGAUGAUAAGGAACAGCCCAACUUUGGACUGUCAGGGGCACUCACAGAAGAUACCAACACAUUCCGAGGGGUGGUGAUCAAGUACAAUGAGCCACCCGAGGCUCGAAUUCCCAAACGCAGAUGGCGAUUGUACCCCUUCAAGAAUGAUGAACCCCUCCCACUCAUGUACAUUCACAGACAGAGUGCCUAUUUGUUGGGGCGGCAGAGAAAAAUUGCCGACAUCCCCAUCGACCAUCCAUCUUGUUCCAAACAACAUGCUGUAUUCCAGUAUAGACUGGUGGAGUUUACACGCUCGGAUGGCACCUCUGGCCGUAGGGUAAGGCCCUACAUCAUCGACUUGGCUUCUGGCAAUGGCACCUACGUGAACAACCAGCGCAUCGAGGCCCAGCGCUAUUACGAGCUCAAAGAAAAAGAUGUUCUCAAGUUUGGCUUCAGCAGCCGCGAGUACGUCCUCCUGCACGAGUUCUCAGACACCAGCGAGGUGGACGCCAAGCAGGAGGAGGAGGAAGAAGACGAGGGCCUAGAUGAGUAAACCGUGCCCAUGAAUUCAUUCAUGUUGCAUAACUUCAUCAAUGAAGAGUUGUACAGAGAACGGAUCAAUGUAUUAAAGGGAUAAUUCAGGAUUUUUGAAGUGUGGUUGUAUAAAGUUCUGAGAUGGUGAGCACAGACUGAGCUAGACGCUCAUGCUCACUGAAAACCCAGCCACCACCAGGGACACAAGGAAAAAAUGUUUUUAGCCACCUGUCUACUUAAGUCUGAUUUCUUAAGUCUCCCCCUUUAUUUUGCCAUUACACAGCCUUUCCUGACUGGAAACUGCAGUGUUUAUCCCUUACAGUGUCCCACUGCUCACUCUCCCACACCAAAGUCCAUGCAAAUGAUAUGCAAUUUUACAUCUUUGCACACAGGGUUUGUUGAUCCUCGGCUGCCCCCAUCGGCAAGUUUCACUGUGUUGUUUUGUGACUUUGGUGUUUGAAGUCGCUCAUUCAGAUGAACCUGUGUUACACAAACUUGCCAAAUAAGGCAGCAGUAGACCAGCAGCUCUUGUGUCCUCCUCGAGCUAAAAACACAAUUUUCUCUAUGGACUUUGGUGCAGGAACAGUUUCCAAACUUCUCCAGUCGAAAAAGACUAAGACUAAUGGUGCAAUAAAGCAGCAAACAUAUUCUCAACAUAUCAUAGACAUGAGCAGUAUUUCUUCACUUUCAAGCUUCCAUGUCAGGUUCUCACUGGUUACAACCACAUUUAAAAAAACCUGAACUAUCAUACAUUUGGAGAUUCCAUUAGUCUAAUUUGUGUAUUCUGUAAGUAAUAUUCUAUCGUUAAAUCCUGCCACAGCUGUCUCAAAGAAGACUUCCUACUCUCAGGUUGUUUAUCCGAUGUCUGUGAUGCAUGACUGAUCUGUCAUCUGAUUGUAGUCACAAGAAUUAAAAAAAAAAGUGCUUGGGUGCCACAUAAAGAUAUCAUGCUAAAUCCAAUAUUUUUGCAUCACAGCACCAAAUACAAUGUAUAUCUGAAAGCUAGUCUCAGUCCAGACUGUAUAUGUCAUUGUACACAAGAAUGUGAAGUGUGUAUAAUAAACAUUUCUUAUAGACCGAGUAAACAUAGAUAAAAUCUAAAAUAACUGCCUUUUUUUUUUGCUUUCUUGUGCAGGGAAUAUAGUUGAUGUGUUUUGAAGAUGUUUUAUUUUUCUGUUCAGAGGCCCACAGCAUUUUUGGUUACUAUACAUUUUUUGUACUGUAAAUAAAGAUGAAACUGGA